CUACCCUACGUGAUAAUGUCGAUGCAACCGUUGAACUAGAAUUUAAUUAAUCCCAAUCAGCCGAGCAGAAUGGCCUCCUCCACAGGUCUCUUGGUGGUGUCUAACAUCAAACACCUAGGAAAAUCCCUCCGCGCCAUUGAGAAGUACGUUAAUUCCCUGUACAUUCAUUUAAAUGUAGCGGGGUCAACGUCCACGACGUCAGCAGUUCCACCUCCUCCGGUUUGGGGACGUCUAAUCUCGCAGCUUUACGCGAACAGUAGUAGUUAUGUGGGAAACCAGUUAGAUUUGCGAGUCCUUGUCUCGCCCCUCAAACCAGGGGCCUGUGGAUCCUUGAAAUUGCGCCAACCUGUGGACUUGAUCUUCUCGGAUGCACAUCAUCCGGAGCUUUGUGACCGUCUUCGGGCGGAUCUUAACAUCAGCAAACCCACCAUAUUCUUAGAGGACUCGGCCAUCUCUGAUUUGAGUGCCCAGCAGGAUGAUUCCCAGGCUUCGAAGAUAUAUCCCUCAGUUGUCCUCGGUGGAACCUUCGAUCGCAUACAUCUGGGUCACAAAAUAUUCCUCACUCAAGCUGUACUGCGAAGCAGCAAACGCCUUGUAGUAGGCGUAACAACCUCCGCCAUGACGAAGGGAAAGACGCUGCCGGACUUGAUUUUGCCCGUGGAAGAGCGUAUAUCCCGGUUACGGGAGUUCCUAACAGAUAUAGAUAAUACACUGCAGUACGAGAUUGUGCCUAUCGACGAUCCCUUUGGACCAACACAGGUGGAUCCCGAUCUGGACAUGAUUGUGGUCAGUGCGGAAACACUUCGAGGAGGUCAGAAAGUCAACGAGAUACGUUCCGCCAGACAGCUUCGGGAGCUUGAGAUCUUUGUCAUCGACAUUGUGGAGAGCAACGUCCAUGACGGCAUCCAUGAGACGAAGAUCAGUUCUAGUAAUACCCGGAUAGACUUGCUGGGAUCCCGAUGGAGAAGGCCGGAGCUACGACCACAGCUCCCAGCACGUCCGCACAUUAUAGGACUGACCGGUGGUAUUGCCUCCGGCAAGAGCAAGAUGGCACAGAGAUUGGGCCAAAUGGGCGCCCAUGUAAUCGACUGUGAUAAGGUGGCCCACGAUGUGUAUGAGCCCGGUCAGGUGUGCUACGACCGGAUUGUAAAGCAUUUUGGCCAAGGCAUUAUUUCCGCCGACGGCCGUAUUGAUCGCUCCAAGUUAGGUCCUUUAGUCUUUGCUGAUCCCAAGGAACUGCAGGCACUUAACGGAAUCGUCUGGCCGGAACUCAUCGCUGAAGUAAAUAGGCGGUUGGAUGUACUACGCUCCCAGGCUGAGGUUCCCCGUGUGGUGGUCCUGGAGGCAGCAAUACUUCUUCGAGCUGGUUGGGAGACGUACUGCCAUGAGGUGUGGUCCAUGAUUGUACCGCCUGAGGAGGCUGUCAGGCGAAUUAUUGAGCGCAACAACCUGAGUGAGGAGGAGGCCAAGAAGCGCUUGGCUAGCCAAGUGCCAAACAAGGAGAUCAUAGCUAAGUCGCAGGUGAUUUUCAGUUCGCAGUGGGACCACGAUUUCACUCAAAAACAGGCGGAAAAAGCCUGGCAAAUGCUCACCAAGGAACUGGAUUCGCACCAGAGCAGCCUUUAACACUAAUGGAUAUUCAAAUUACCUGCUAUCGAUUGUUAAACCUUGUUUUGUAUGAUUUUUUAUGCAUUUGUUGUACAUUGCUUAGUUGUAAGUCGAAAGUUGAAUAGAAGUACCGGGACGUCAAUUGGGAAAA